CCCCUGACCCUUGUAGACCCCUGCAUGGGGAUGACCCCGCCGUGUAUGAGCGAGGCCGAUCGCUACAGCCUGGAGGCCCUGCGGAUCGUACAUCACAUGAUGGAUGAUGACCAGGACGGAGGAAUCGAGGUGGAGGAGAGUGUGGAGUUCAUCAUCGAAGACAUGAAGCAGCAGCAGACCAACAAACACAGCAACCUGCACAGAGAGGACCAACACAUCACAGUUGAGGAGCUCUGGAGGGGCUGGAAGUCAUCUGAAGUACACAACUGGACUCAAGAUGAGGUGCUUCGCUGGCUGAAGGACUUUGUUGAGCUGCCGCAGUAUGAGAGAAACUUUAAAGACUUCAAGGUCAAUGGAAACACACUCCCCAGGAUCGCUGCUAAUGAGCCUUCAUUCCUGAGCGUCCAGCUGAGAGUCCUGGACCAGAGGGACAAACAGAAGCUCAACAUCAAAGCUCUGGACGUGGUGCUGUUCGGACCGCCUGCACGUCCUCAUAAUUACAUGAAGGACCUGGUGCUCAUUGUGUCGGUGGUGAUGGGAGUUGGAGGCUGCUGGUUUGCUCAGUCCCAGAACAAAGCCAGUAAAGUCCACAUAACCAAGAUGAUGAAAGAUUUGGAUAGUCUUCAGAGGGCUGAGCAGAGCCUCACGGACUUACAGGAACAGCUGGAGCGAGCCCAAGAAGAGAAGCGUAAUGUUGCGGAGGAGAAACAGAACCUGGAGGAGAAGAUGAGGGAUGAGAUCAUGGGAGCACAGGAGGAGGCUUAUCGUCUGCAUGAGCUGAGGCAGGGUGCUGUCACUGAGCUCAGCCGCCUGCGCUAUGCAGAGGAAGAGCUGGAACAGGUCCGUGGGGCACUGAAGCAGGCGGAGAAGGACAUGCAUGCAAGCUGGAGUGUCUCAGAGCUUCUGCAGCAGUGGCUCCAGCUAACGCAUGAAGUAGAGGUCCAGUACUACAAUGUCAAGAAGCAGAGUGCAGAACAGCAACUUUCCGUCGCCAAGGAAGAGGCGGAGAAGAUUAAGAAGAAGAGGAGUUCACUGCUGGGGACUCUCCAUGUGGCCCACAGCUCCUCUUUAGAUCAGGUCGACCACAAGAUCCUGCAAGCAAAGAACGCCUUGUUUGAAGUAACAGCCUGCCUGCGGGAGCGACUCCAUCGCUGGCAGCAGAUUGAACGCCUCUGCGGCUUUUCCAUAAUCAGGAAUUCUGGUCUCGCAAACCUCACUGCUCAGCUCUACUCAGACUCAAUUGCCCUGGGUAUGCCCCGAGUGCCUCAGCCACCUUGUUCAUGCCAUAGCUCUGUACAUGGAUCUUUAGAGGAUCUGUUAGAAGAGUCUCCGAUCUUACCACAGAUGACAGUUGCACCACUGAAGCGCUCUCCUCGAACACAGGGAUCUUCCAUGUGUCGGCCACGUCGCCCUGGGGUCAUUACUCAGCCAUCGACUGCCAUGAACUCCCCAGACCCUGACCUUCUCAUCCCCAUCCGAGCUCCUUACCCUCGCUUUGAUGAGGAAGAAAGCCUUCUCCGGAAAACGCUCAAGAAACAAAACUCCCAAGAGAAGUACUCAGACACAGACUACAUGAUUUCUCCUCCUCUCAGCAAAAUGUACCAUAAUCCCACUGUUGAUGCUUCCUCUCAAAGGCUUUAUCAUGAUGAAACUGAUCUACUUGCAGAUCCCUCACUUUCCAUGACUUUGAGUAGAGAAGUAGAGGUUGUUGUCCCAGUUCGUAAAGUUUCCACAGAAGAGCUUGAGGUAGAUGUUGUCUGCAGGAAGAUGGGCAAAGACAAAUUGCUGAAUUCGUCUAUGGAAUCUUUGAAGAUGUCUAAAGAAGAGUCUUCAAAAGAUAUUCCAUCCUGGAAAGUAGAGAGAGAUACAAUAGGGGAUUUUAUUGACCCUUCUUCAAGGAAUAUAUACAGAGAAAUAAAAGAUUUACCAAUGGAAGUUAGAAAGAUCAUUUUGAAUGAAUUAGAAGCAUCAACAGAUAAACAGCCACCGAGGAGGAUAUCCAGAGAUAUGAUGGGGGCUUCCUUUGACAGCAGCUUAAGAAAGAUAACACAAGAUGAUGCUGAGCAUCCGUUUGACUUAGUACCCAGAAGAGUGAACAGAAGUUCAAUGUGUCUUUCCCUAGACACAGGUUCAAGGAAACUUCUGCUGAAUAAAGGAGAAUGUCAGCUUGAUUCCUCAGUGAGGGCAUUAGCAAUGGACAAAAUAGCAGAGACAACUAGAGCACCACGAAGGAUCUCACGAGAUGAGUUGGAGCAUUGUACAGAUCUUGCUUCCCAAAAGAUGCUACCCAGAGAGAAAUCGAAUGCCCUUCUGGAUACCUUGUCCUCUGCAGAGAAGCAAGACUUUGGUUUAGAACCAGCAAACCGGAGGAUGCUGAGAGAUGAACCUGAGUUGUCUGCUGGUUCUCUCAGACGGAGAAUACCAAGAAUGGCAAGAGAUGACACAGACAGUUUGGUUGAAAAUCCCGCUGGGAAAAUCAGGGAUAGAGUCGAUGUCCCAGUAGACACACCUAAACACUCCACCCUGAAGGAGGAGUUCGGAGCCUCUGAAUCAAGUUCAUCUUCAGGUAGAUUUGGACAGCCAGACCUUAUGUUAACCUCCCAGGGGCCUUGGACAUCAUCAGAUCUUUUCAACGCUGGUCCGUUGAGCCAGCUCGUGUAUGAUGGAAUCCUUGAGAAGUCCUGCACCCCCCCAACACCUCCUCAGGCCAGGCUGACAGCAGACAUGGAGCCCCCUACGCCACCACCAAGGGCCGCCAUUCCAUCUCUCAGUUCCCCUUCUGAGACUGGUGAAGAGAAGAUCAAGGAUAAAGAAAAGAGCAAGAAAUCCCUCAAGCUCAAAAGUCUUUUUAAAAAGAAAAAUGAUUCAACAACAGAGAAGCCUCAAAGUGGUCUUCAGAAACUCUGACAAUCAGCCGAGAGUAUUUUUUUUCCGUUUUCUUGAAUCAUAAAAUGGCGUUUUUAGGAUCUCAUGGAAAUAUCAGGUAGCACUUUAAGAAAGGACAAUUUUACCUCAAGAAGUCGGUCGUGUCUGGAACAUUAAAUAUGAUGUUUUCAUUCUCUGAGUUUGGCUGCACUGAGAGAAUCAUGGUACACGCAUGAUGCCUAAUGUUGCCUGUGAAACCUUUUUUAAGAAGAUACAGUACAUUUGGUAACAUAUGACAGCUGCAUAUGUAAUCAAUAGGACACUGCAAAAGCUUUUCACGUGACUUACUUAUAUUUAAAGAUGAUAUCUUUGAUAAAGUCUUAUUAACACAUAUGGUUGAUACCAUAUAUUAUUUUGAAAGUAAGUUUGUUUUGAUGCUUUGCCUAUGGCUGAAGGAUUCACUGUUGAAAUACAUGCUGCUCUUCUGUAUAACAGAGGUUUGAACGGAAACACUUUCAUUUCCUACUUACAGUAGGAAAUGAAAGCCUUUUUUUUUAGAGAACUGUUGUUAAAUUAAGGGAGGUCUUGAUAAGUUUCCCCCCUUGGAACUCGAUUUGUAUUCUAUGAUAUAACGAAUGAAAGGGAGUCUGGUCCGACAUUUUGUUUCAUUUUCCCUCCAGCUGCUUGGUGAACACGUCACACGAAGGCGGUUUGAAGGCCCCAAAUAACCUAUUUUGUCAAUUCGUUUUUUACUACGACAGUUUGAUAAUAUUGCAUGAAAGAUUUUUUUUAUAUCAUUUUUUACCCUCUCUCCUAUAAAUUACCUUUCGAAUAAACUAGAAGAAAAAAGUAAUUGUGACAAGAUUUUUGUUUUUAAUGCCGUAAGGAUAAGUUGUUAAUCAACAUUUAUUGGAUGGUGACACUCUUCAUACCAGUAAAGUGUACAAUGUACAAUGUUUUGGUUUCUGGUAGUCACAGUUCUUUGGUUCUGGUAACACUAAAGGCAGUAAUCGUUUUGCACUCCUCUCUAGAAGUGGGAGCCUUGGGCAGAAACACAAACACUUGGAAACAACAGUCAUGGCGGGGGGUGGGGUGGGGGGAGUAGUUGUUGCUGUUGCUGCAUGACCGAAGCUAUAUUGACUUCAACAAUCACAGUUACCAUGAUCUGAACAGAAAACAUGCCUGCAGGCAAGUAAGAGCAGGACUGGAGGUUAUUAAGUCGUUUUCCUUCAUCUAGACUGGAGUGUUACAUUGUUGGCAUAGAGGUCAUGGUUUGUGUUAAGCUAAUUUUAGCUCUCUGUCACUGUCAAUAUCCGACUUCUCCCUUUACAAUCUGAAAGAUAUAUCUGACCACAUGGCGGCUGUUGACAGCAGACUAUCAUGCACCAAUCAGGUUUAGGAACAUUUUAAAUCAAGAUCUGAUUUAUUGUACGGCUAUUUGACGACAGCCACACACUACUGCUGAGGCAGAUAAGCCAAGUAGUUGUUUGCUUUAAACCUUUAGUCUUGCUUUUUCCCCCUUUUAUUUGAUUGUUGUUUGCUAUUGACCAGUGCGUCAGCGGGACAGACAUUUGUGUUUGGGGCUGUAGGGCAGGGCCUGCUGUUGUGGUCCAGAUAAAAAAAAAAGAAAAGGGCCAUGACUCUGAUCACCAGCUGAAAUAGACAUAAAACAACAUUUGUAUUACGUUGUGACCUGGAGCACAUGCUUUCAGGACGGAAACUGCUGGUCGCUGUGUAUUUCUUUAUUUUUUGCACUCUACUACUCACUCGCAGCAGCUCCCCCAGUCACAGCGUUCUGGUUGCGUUUUCAUGAAGUGCAAUGGGUUAUUUUUGACAGCUGGUGUAUCCCUAACAAUCUAAUUGCCUACAAGGUUGCAGAUAGAUCAGGGUUAACAAAGCUAAUAUUGACCCAGUUUAGAAUCACCCAAGUUUCUUUUUUAAAUGUGCAUAAUUCUGAAGAGCAGUUUACUUACCAAAACAGUAAAGCUGUUUUUUUUUCUCUUUUUUAAACAAGUGCAUUUAGAUGCAUAUUUGAAUGCGUGAUUUGUUUAUGGAUUAUUUAUGUUUCUUUUAUUGUUUACAGACAUAAAUACAGUAGCCUAUUAUGACCUUUUAAAUCAAUGUACUAAAAAAAAAGCCUUUGAUUGAUUUAAAAAUGAUUAUUGGAAUGUGUUUUCUGUCGUUUCUUACUUUGAAUGAGUGUCGAGUAUCGGAUAUAUAUAAAUACAAUAUUUCCCCUGUUCUUAGGUGAGGAUAUCUGCUGUUUGCUGCUGUGUAUUAGUAUGAAAAUAAGAUUUAUUGGACUUUUGUUAUUUGCUGAUUUAAUAGCAACUGAUGAUUGAGAAAAUAAACAAGGUGAAAUAAAGAAAUG